GUUUAUAGAAGGUUGAAGUUGAUGGCUUAUAGCGUUAGCUAAGUUAGCUGUUAGCGCAUCUGCUAGCAGGUUAGCCUAAAUAUCACCAGCGCACCAUAGCAUACGCUAGGGACUUUUAUCGACUGUUAAGUAGCUGAAGCCACUCUCUCAUCACCUUGGACAACUUUAUCAACGCUGCGGCCCGAAUAGAUCAGCAAGUCCACAGUACGUUCGUGUUGAGGUUGGCACGGUGCAGUCCUCUCCCCCCCUCACACACAAACCAGUAAAGGCAUAAAAGAUACAACUUAAACAUCUCCCACAACCACAGGAGAAAGAUGUCAAUCACAAACACACCCACAAGUAAUGACGCCUGUUUGAGCAUCGUGCACAGCCUGAUGUGCCACCGGCAGGGAGGGGAGAGUGAAAGCUUUGCCAAGCGAGCCAUUGAGAGUCUGGUGAAGAAGCUGAAGGAGAAGAAAGAUGAGCUUGACUCCCUCAUCACAGCCAUCACUACAAAUGGAGCUCAUCCUAGCAAGUGUGUGACCAUACAGAGGACUUUGGAUGGACGCCUACAGGUGGCCGGGCGCAAAGGUUUCCCCCAUGUUGUCUAUGCCCGACUGUGGCGAUGGCCUGAUCUACACAAGAAUGAGCUAAAACAUGUGAAAUAUUGCCAGUAUGCCUUUGACUUGAAAUGUGACAAUGUUUGUGUCAACCCCUACCACUACGAGAGGGUCGUCUCUCCAGGCAUCGAUUUAUCAGGGCUGACACUUUCCAGUUCAGUUCCCCUCCUGGUCAAGGAUGAGUAUGACUAUGACAACCAGCAAUCCCACUCAAGCUCUGAAAGCCACCUGCAGACCAUCCAGCAUCCCCCGUCAAGGCCUAGUCCACAUGACACCUUCAUCAACCCCGCUCUGCUGCCCCUGUCGGAGGGCGGCGGUUCAGCCUCAACCUCCGCUUUCUCCACCAUCAGCGCUGGACCCUCAAAUCCCAACCCCAGCUGGAGCAGAAACAGCAGCUUCUCCCCCGCAGUGCCACAGCAUCAAAAUGGGCAUCUCCAGCAUCAUCCCCCCAUGCCUCACACAGGGCAUUAUUGGCCUGUUACCAACGAAAUUGCCUUCCAGCCCCCCAUAUCCAAUCACCCCGCUCCAGAGUACUGGUGCUCCAUUGCGUACUUCGAGAUGGAUGUCCAAGUUGGGGAAACCUUUAAGGUGCCGUCCACGUGUCCGAUAGUGACCGUGGACGGCUACGUUGAUCCUUCAGGAGGGGACCGCUUUUGCUUGGGUCAGCUGAGCAACGUCCACAGGACAGAGAACAUCGAGAGAGCCAGGCUUCACAUUGGCAAAGGCAUGCAGUUGGAGUGCAAAGGGGAAGGAGAUGUCUGGGUGCGCUGCCUGAGUGAUCACGCAGUGUUUGUGCAGAGCUACUACCUAGAUCGGGAGGCCGGACGCGCCCCCGGAGAUGCAGUUCACAAGAUCUACCCGAGCGCCUACAUCAAGGUGUUCGACUUGCGGCAGUGCCACAGGCAGAUGCAGCAGCAGGCGGCGACGGCUCAGGCAGCAGCUGCAGCCCAGGCGGCGGCGGUGGCCGGAAACAUCCCCGGGCCCGGCUCUGUGGGAGGCAUCGCCCCGGCCAUCAGUCUGUCUGCUGCUGCAGGCAUCGGGGUGGAUGACCUGCGCAGGCUGUGCAUCCUGCGUAUGAGCUUCGUGAAGGGCUGGGGGCCCGACUACCCACGGCAGAGCAUCAAGGAGACCCCCUGCUGGAUCGAGAUCCAUUUACACCGGGCUCUCCAGCUGCUGGAUGAAGUCCUGCACACCAUGCCCAUAGCUGACCCGCAACCCCUCGACUGAGCAGAAAGAAAAGAAAACAAUGAGGCUGUAAUUUUUAACAAACCCCUCCACCUACAGGCCGGGGGUGCCAAAGGAGGACUGCGGCGGCGGGGAUGCUGAGUAGGUUGUAGAAGCAUGAACAAGGACUUAAAAGGACGGCGGUAAACCCGCUGCUUUUGAAAUCCGGAUCUACAAGCAGUUGUAUACAGAGUGAGACUCCAGGUGUGUGAAUGACAAUGACUUUCAGACAACAGCGGGAUGAACAUGUAAAGUCCACCGGGAGGAGUGGUAGUACUCUGGAAACAUGCUGCCAAGAGAAUGAAAAAGGUCUAAAAGCCCCAUCAAUUACUAAAUCAGCCUUGGUGCAAUACAAAUGUAAUUUGUAACUACAAGAGUGUAAAUCAUGCAAUGAUUCACACUCAGCCAGUACAGCAGUCUUUUUCUCGUACAGACAAUUCAACCCGUAUGAUUUUACGACCAAUAUAUCCCUCGUGAACUUGCUGAUAAUAUUCCAUAUUCCUACUAUUUAGUAAUAGGAGGGCAAACCAGCCACGCUGCGCACAAUGAGAUGCCUUGUGUUGGAUGAAGACCUGUCUGAACAUGCUAGGUGUCGUUUCCAGUCCUCCUCCAUUGGCUCUCUGGUGCUUCUGUGGCUUCAUGUAAGUUUUUCGCCCCGCAAAUUGGGCCGUCUAUGUAAAAUCAUAUAAAUCAUAUUAAUCGUUACUCAUGUUUUUGUAAGAUCUAAUCUUAGAUAUCUUUCAUUAUUGUUUGAUGGUUCUUAUUUUUGUAUUACCUUUUUGAAUAGUGGUUUUUACUGAUACUGACAGCAUUCAGCUUAGCUCAGCUUCUCUUUUUCAACUUUUCAACACCAUAAAAUGAAAGAUAAUGAGAUUGAGAAUUUACAAUUUUGUAUCGCUAAAAUCAGAUAAAGGUUAUUAAAACCUGUCCUAAUAUUAUUUAUAAUUGUCUUUUUAUAUUAGAUGCCCAAAUAGUGUCCAUUAGCACUUUUAUUAAUUUGUGAAGAAAAUACUUUGUCUUGUUUUAUAGUCUCAUGCAUGGCCACUAGUGGUACCUUUUAUCAUGUCUAGUUGAAAGAUUUUUCUUGCUAAUGACCUACAUUAAUUAAAUCUAGAUUAAAAAUGUCUAAUUAAAAUCUGUUUUCCAUAUCAAACACUUUGCCACUGCAGGGGUAAAAGGUACAUUUAGCUCAAUUCUGGCAAAAUGAUGUCGAUAUAAAACUUAUCGAGUUGUGGAUCAAGAAUGGUUUAUGAAAUUAGAAAACUUACCGCAGGUUUUCUAGACAGCAGCUGAGUUAAGGAAGUAACUGUGAGGAACUGUAAGCCAUAUUGACGCCAAAUAUACCGUUUGAAAAGUGGAAAGAUUCUCAGACUGCUGUCGUUUCAUCGUAAUGUUGCUUAGAAAAGUGGUUUUAAUUCUCGACUGAAUGAUUUCAGUCUUUGCUCUGCACAAAUCCAUUUUGGUAUUUGGAGCUAUGUUUACCUCCAGCUGUUGCAAUAUUUUUUUAUCUCCUUGUUACCUUUUACAGUGACAAACCACAAAAAUAUUACUGUACAAUUUUCAGGAAAUGCAAUUCAUGCUCAUCAUAAUCUUAACAUGGUGUCAAGCAUUUUGAACAUGUACGCGGCUUGAAUGAUAUUGGUGUCUAUAUGUAUACGAUAUAGUAUGGUUGAAUAAAGUUCAAACCGUUGUGAAA